AUUUGGCCCCCGGUUCCCAGCACCCGCGGUGUAGACGGUGGGGCCGGGACGGUGCCGGGCCGGGGAGGAAGGAUGGAGAACGGCCAUCGCGGCAAGGGUUGGGGGACAAUUUGCCUCUGAGCUGGGUCCCCCCCUCCCCAAACCCCCCCCAAAGCCCUGUGCCGGGGGUGAUGGGCUCUGGCUUCUGCUCCCAUCCUCGUGGUUUCUGGCUCACCGGCGCGGCAAUGUCCCGGCGCGGCCACCUGGCCUGGUUCCUUGCUGGGCUGCUCCUGGUUCCCUGCGGACAAUCCACCGUCUCCUUCGAGGUGAGGGUGGAAGGGAACUCCUCGGAGGUGGGCUACGGUGGGACGGUGCUGCUCAACUGCUCCAGCAGCUGCCCCCAGGCCUGGGCUCCCAGGGGGCUGGAGACCUCCCUCAGCAAGGAGCGGGUGAGCCAGGGGCCGGGCUGGGUGAGCGUCCGGCUCCGCAACAUCACCGAGCCCCUCUCCGACGUCCUCUGCUACUUCUCCUGCUUCGGGGAAAGGAAGGUGGCGGCUUUUAGGGUGCUGGCUUAUGAAUUCCCCCAGCCUCAGCUGACCAUCAGCAGCCCCAACACCUCCUCCAACGAGACGGUGGCCAUCAAGUGCUUCUCGGCGCCCAGCUGGCCCCCGGGGCUCAAGCUGCAGCUCCACCGUAGCCACCGGCACCAGCAGGCCUGGGAGGAGGGUCCCAUCAGCCUGGAGCUGGUGGCCAGGGAGGAAGAUGACGGAGCCGAGUUCUCCUGCCAAGCGCAGCUCAGCCUGGGCAACCAGACGCUGAGGAAGAGCUCGCCCACGGCCACGCUGCGUGUCACCUACCAGCCCCGGAUGGACGACAGGAGCUGCCCCCCCAGCCAGAACUGGACGGAGGGGCAGGAUGAGACCCUGCGCUGCUGGGCAUGGGGCAACCCCCGGCCCCACCUGGAGUGUGCCAAGGACAGGGAGCCCUUCCCCGCCGGGGUCCCACGCCCCGUCACCCGCGCCCACGCCGGCACCUACCUCUGCCAGGCCACCAACCCGCUGGGGACAACCGUCCGGAGUGUCAGCGUCUGGGUGCAAUGGAUCCUGGGGGUAUUGGGGGUCCUGGUGGUCCUGGGGUUCUUGAGGGUCCUGAGGGUCUUGGGGAUCUUGGGAUUCCUGGUGGUCCUGGUGGUCUUGGAGGGCCUGGAGAUCCUGGGGGUGUUGGGGGUGCUGGUGGUCCUGGGGAUCUUGAGGGCCCUGAGGGUCUUGGGCAUCCUGGGAUUCCUGGUGGUCUUGGGUGUCCUGGGGCUUCUGGUGGUCUUGGGGGUCCUGGUGGUCUUGGGUUUCCUGGGGUUCCUCAUGGUCCUGGUGGUCUUGGGUGUCCUGGGGCUCCUGGUGGUCGGAGACCAUGACCCCGACCUGCUGCUCCCGGUGCUGGUGUGCGUGGUGGUGGUGGCCACCCUGGUCGCCGGCGGGGUGGGCUACGGCAUCUACUACCGCAAGAAGAAAAUCCGGGAAUACCGGCUGCGGCAGCGGCAGAGGCGGCUGCAGAUGGAGCCGCCAAGGCCGGGGCAGGAUGAUGCCCCCCACAAUGAUGGGGGGGCUCCACCGUAA